GCUAGGCGGGUUGCUAGGCGGCCGCGUAACCGCCGCCAGCCGCAGUUUGAAGGAGGGAGAUGCGGGCGGAGGAGCCUCGGUGAGGGUGAGCGGCGCUUCCUCGGGGCUGAGCAAUCCAGGCGGAGGGCGAUCUGCAGGCGCGGCCGCUACCCAGAGAACAGCGGCGGAGUUCCUAUGGAAAAUCCAUUUGGGUUCAUGGAUACUAAGUCUGUACCUUGUGCAUCUUUCUCCUCUGAAGAAGCACAUCUGACAGAUGAGCCUGGUAUGUCCUUCAGCAGAGAAACAGUUUGCCUUGAAGACAAUAAAUUAUCUAGUGACAUCUCUGGAGCCAGUGCGGACAUGAAGCCAAAAUCCAUACGUCGUGCCAAAACAUGGUCAGAUGAAGUUGAGAAUCUGUACAGAUUUCAGCAAGCUGGCUAUAGGGAUGAAAUUGAGUACAAACAAGUGAAGCACGUUGCUGCAGUGGAAAGGUGGCCGGAAACAGGAUUUGUGAAGAAGCUUCAGCGAAGGGACAAUACUUUCUAUUAUUAUGACAAGGAAAGAGAAUGUGCAGACAAAGAAGUCCAUAAAGUUAAAGUUUAUGCUUAUUGAUUUUUAUUGUUGCCUGCUUUUUUCUUUUGUAGUGAAAAAUUAU